CAGCAGCCAGGAGCCAGGAACUUCUUCUGAUUCUCCCAGGUGUAUCCCUGAAACCCACUACAUGCUUCCAAGUCUAGAGAAUUCAAACACAGUUUCAGUGUUGGUGUCAUUUGAAGAUGUAGCUGUGCACAUUACCCAGGAGGAAUGGCAGUACAUGGACAAUACUCAGAGGACUCUGUACAGAGAUGUCAUGCUUGAGACCUAUAACAAUCUGCUUUCCGUGGGGUACUACAUAACAAAACCUGAUGUGAUCUUCAAAUUGGAACAAGAAUCAGUACCAUGGACUGUGGAAAAAUCUGUAAACCAGCAACUUCCAGACCCUUACAGAAAGAAUGAGCUGCUUGGAACCAAUCAGGAAAAUCAAGAAACCACUUUCAGGCAACCUGAUGAAAUGUCUCUUGGGAAAAAGCAUGUCUCUAAUGUACCUGAGUACAAAUUCGAGUGUUGGGAAAAUCUCAGUCAGCAAGACAAGGCGUACACUUGUAAGCAGUCUUUUGAACACAAUUUGAAACAAAAACCUUUCAGCAGGAAGAUGUUCCUUAGGUGUGAGAAAAUUUGUAUCAAAGACCCAUGUAAUGACCCUAAUGUAGGAGAAACAAUUCAGGUUGACAAGAAAAUGUUCCAUGGCAAUCCUUAUUUUGGCAAGCAUCAGCAAACACACUCAGGAAAGAAACUCCAUGAACCGUUCAAUAGUGAGAAAUCACCUAUUUAUGAAAUAGAUCUCAAAAUAAAUCGGAUAAUCCGAGCAGCGAAACAUCACUAUAUAUGUCGCUACUGCAAACAGUCUUUUAGCUGUAACUCUAGCUUUACCACCAAACAUAGAAGUGACAUAGGAGAAAAUUUCUGUGUGUGCAAUAAAUGUAAAAAAAACAUUUACCAGAAGUUGGAAUUCACUAGAAAUAAGAUGCUUCCCACCAAGGAGAAACCAUAUGAAUGUAAUGAACUUGUAAAAUCCUUUUGCGCUCAAUCUGGUUUCCUCACACAUCAGAGAAUUCAUACAGGGGGGGAACCUUAUAAAUGUAGUGAGUGUGGAAAAGCUUUUUGCAAGCCAUCACUUCUCAUUAAACAUCAGAGAAUCCACACAGGGGGAAAACCUCAUGAAUGUAAUGAGUGUGGAAAAGCGUUCUAUACACAGUUAGCUCUCUGUAGACAUCAGAGAAUCCACAUCGGUGAAAAACCUUAUGAAUGUAAUGAGUGUGGAAAAGCGUUUAGUCGAAAGCAAUCCCUAAUUGCACAUCAGAGAAUCCACACCGGGGAAAAACCUUAUGAAUGUAUUGAGUGUGGAAAAGCAUUUUACACACAGUCAGCUCUCUGUAGACAUCAGAGAAUCCACACAGGGGAAAAACCUUAUAAAUGUAGUGAGUGUGGGAAAGCUUUUAGUCGAAAACAAUCCCUAAUUGCACAUCAGAGAAUCCACACCAGGGAAAAACCUUAUGAAUGUAUUAAGUGUGGAAAAGCUUUUUGUCUAAAGUCAAACCUAAUCAUACAUCACAGAAUUCACACAGGGGAAAAACCUUAUAAAUGUAGUGAGUGUGGAAAAGCCUUUUGCAUGCCAUUGCUUCUCAUUAAACAUCAGAGAAUCCACACAGGAGAAAACCCUUAUAAGUGUAGUGAUUGUGGAAAAACUUUUUAUCACAAGCCAUCCCUAAUUCAGCAUCAGAGAAUCCACACAGGAGAAAAACCUUAUAAAUGUAUUGAGUGUGGAAAAGCUUUUAAUCUAAAGGCAAACCUAAUCAUACAUCAGAGAAUUCACACAGGGGAAAAACCUUAUAAGUGUAGUUAUUGUGGAAAAACUUUUUGUCACAAGCCAUCCCUAAUUCAGCAUCACAGAAUCCACACAGGGGAAAAACCUUAUGAAUGUAGUGAGUGUGGAAAAGCUUUUUGCCAGCAGUCUAAUCUCAUUCAACAUCAGAGUAUUCACACAGGGGAAAAACCUUAUAAAUGUAUUGAGUGUGGAAAAGCGUUUUACACACAGUCAGCUCUCUGUAGACAUCAGAGAAUCCACACAGGGGAAAAAGCUUACAAAUGUGGUGAGUGUGGAAAAGCUUUUAGUCGAAAGCAUUCCCUAAUUGCACAUCAGAGAAUCCACACAGGGGAAAAACCUUAUGAAUGUAAUGAGUGUGGAAAAGCGUUUUAUACACAGUCAGCUCUUGGUAGACAUCAAAAAAUCCACACAGAGGAAAAAGCUUAUAAAUGUAGUGAGUGUGGAAAAGCUUUUGGUCAGAAGUCAAACCUAAUUGCACAUAAUAGAAUCCACACUAGGGAAAAACCUUAUAAAUGUAUUGAGUGUGGAAAAGCGUUUUACACACAAUCAGCUCUUUGCAGACAUCAGAAAAUCCACACAGGGGAAAAAGCUUACAAAUGUGGUGAGUGUGGAAAAGCUUUUAGUCGAAAGCAUUCCCUAAUUGCACAUCAGAGAAUCCACACCGGGGAAAAACCUUAUGAAUGUAUUGAGUGUGGAAAAGCUUUUCGUCUAAAGUCAAACCUAAUCAUACAUCACAGAAUUCACACAGGAGAAAAACCUUAUAAAUGUGGUGAGUGUUGUAAAGCCUUUUGCCAUAAAAAAGACCUAAUGAAGCAUCAUAGAGUUCACACCAGAGAAAAACUCUUUCAAUAUGACAAGUACGGGAAAUCUUUUGGCUAUCAGACAGUUAUUACAUAA